AUGGGCAAGUCAGAAAGCCAGAUGGAUAUCACUGAGAUGAAUGCUCCCAAACCAAAGAAGAAGCUGCGAUGGAGUGGGCUGGAAAUUGGGCUGGCAGUGGUGGUGGUGCUGCUGACUGUGGUUGCCAUCACCAUGAUUAUUCUGUAUGCCACCUACGACGAUGGGAUUUGCAAGACAUCAGACUGCAUAAAAUCAGCAGCCCGAAUCCUGGAGAACAUGGACACCACUGCAGAGCCCUGCAAAGACUUUUACCAAUAUGCCUGUGGAGGGUGGCUCAAGAGGAACGUCAUCCCAGAGACCAGCUCCCGUUACAGCAACUUUGACAUUUUAAGAGAUGAUCUAGAAGUUGUUCUAAAAGAUGUCCUUGACACACCGAGCAGCAACGACAUAGCAGCAGUGCAGAAGGCAAAAACUCUGUACAGAUCCUGUGUAAAUGAAACUACCAUUGACAGCAGAGGUGGAAAGCCUUUAAUCAGUUUACUGCCAAAUGUGUCUGACUGGCCUGUAGCAACAGCUAACUGGGAUACUUCUUAUGGUGCUGCUUGGACAGCUGAGACAGCAAUUGCACAGCUGAACUCCAGAUAUGGAAAAAAGGUCCUUAUUAAUUUUUUUGUUGGCACAGAUGAUAAAAACUCCUCAGCACACAUCAUUCAUAUUGAUCAGCCUGGGCUUGGCCUGCCUUCUCGUGACUACUACGAAUGCACUGGUGCCUACAAAGAGGCAUGCUCUGCCUACGUGGAUUUCAUGAUUUCUGUAGCUAUGCUGAUCCUACAAGAAAGAAAUAUUUCUUUCAAUGAGAACGAGGUCUCUGAGCAGAUGAAGAGAGUUAUGGAGCUGGAGAAGGAGAUUGCCAACGCAACGACGAGAUCUGAAGACAGAAAUGAUCCACUUCUGCUGUACAAUAAAAUGACCUUGGCACAGCUCCAGAACAACUUCUCCCUGGAAAUCAAUGGAAAGGUAUUCAACUGGUCAAAAUUCAUCAAUGACAUCAUGUCAACAGUGCAGAUCAACGUGGGGAACACCGAGCACGUCAUUGUUUAUGACCCUGAAUACCUCACCAAGCUGAAGCCUAUUCUUAUCAAAUAUACCCACAGGGACCUUCAAAAUUACAUGGGCUGGCGCUUCGUCAUGGAUCUUGUCAACAGCCUGAGCCGCAUCUACAAGGACACCAGGAACGCUUUUCGUAAGGCACUCUACGGCACGACAUCAGAGACUGCUGUGUGGCGGCGCUGCGCCAACUACGUCAACAGCAACAUGGAGAAUGCGGUGGGAAGGCUGUACGUGGAGGAGGCCUUUGCUGGAGACAGCAAACACGUGGUGGAGGAAAUGAUUGCAGAUAUCCGUGAUGUCUUUAUCCAAACCUUGGAUGAACUCACCUGGAUGGAUGCAGAAACCAAGAAGAAAGCAGAACAAAAAGCCCUGGCAAUCAGAGAGAGGAUUGGGUACCCAGAUGAGAUCGUGACUGAUGAUGACAAGCUGAACAGUGAGUACCAGGAGUUGAACUACAAAGAAGAAGAAUACUUUGAAAACAUUAUUCAAAAUUUGGUAUUCACCCAGAAGAAAAGGUUGAAAAAGCUUAGAGAAAAGGUGGACAAAGAGGAGUGGAUAAGUGGAGCUGCUGUGGUCAAUGCUUUUUAUUCAGCAAGCAGAAAUCAGAUAGUCUUCCCUGCUGGCAUUUUGCAGCCUCCUUUCUUCAGUGCAUCCCAGCCCAAGUCCCUGAACUAUGGUGGCAUAGGCAUGGUCAUUGGGCAUGAAAUCACACAUGGCUUUGAUGACAACGGCAGAAAUUUCAAUGAGAAUGGAGACCUUGUAGACUGGUGGACUGAAGAAUCAGCACAGAAUUUUAAGGAGCUAUCCCAGUGUAUGGUGUACCAGUAUGGCAACUUCUCCUGGGACCUAGCAGGUGGACAGCACCUGAGUGGCAUCAACACCCUCGGAGAAAACAUUGCUGACAACGGGGGGGUGAGACAAGCCUAUAAGGCCUAUGAAAACUUUGUGAGCAAGCAUGGAAAAGAAAAACUUCUACCUGGCCUUGAGAUGAACCACAAGCAGCUGUUUUUCCUGAACUUUGCACAGGUAUGGUGUGGAACGUACAGACCAGAGUACGCUGUGAACUCCAUCAAAACCGACGUGCACAGCCCAGGCAAAUUCAGGGUCAUAGGAUCACUGCAAAACUCUCCAGAGUUUUCUGAAGCCUUCUCCUGCACCCAGACAAACUACAUGGAUCCUGCUGAGAAGUGCCGAGUUUGGUGA